AUGGGCUUCUCCUCAUGUGUGGCUGACUUUGAUCAAGAUGUGAGCUCUUUGGGAGCUUUCUCUUUGCAUGGUGUGGGGGCUUAUGCUGCUGGCUUUUAUAAGGAGAUGGAAGGAGAUGAAGGGGGUCUAUUGGUGAGGAGCAUUGAUCAAAUAAGAAACUUUGGAGGAAGAUCAAAUGAGAAAAUGGUUAGUGUGGAGGACUAUGGUGCAAAAGGUGGUGGAGCCGAUGAUACCAUGGCAUUUGAAAAGGCAUGGAAUGCAGCUUGCUCCUCUGAUAGCCCAGUCUCUCUAUUGAUUCCUAAGGGUAACACAUACCUAUUGAAGCCCAUCACAUUUUCUGGCCCCUGCAACUCAGAUAUUUCAGUCAUGAUUGAAGGGACAAUUGAAGCUUCUUCAAACCCAUCAGAUUGGAAUGGAAAGAAUCAAAGGCUUUGGAUUUAUUUCAACAAAGUAAACAAUCUUGCUGUUCUAGGAGGUGGAACCAUCAAUGGCAAUGGAAAGGUUUGGUGGCAAAAAUCAUGCAAAGUAGAUAAAUCACAACCAUGCAAAGAUGCACCUACGGCUUUGACUUUUAAUUCUUGUAAUUGGUUGAGAGUAGAGAGCUUGAAUGUGAUAAAUAGCCAACAAAUACACGUGGAGUUCGAGAAUAGCAAGAAUAUUAUAGUUUCGAGUCUCAGUAUAAGUGCACCAGGCAAUAGCCCUAAUACAGAUGGAAUCCAUGUCACACGAACACAAAAUAUUACCAUCAAUCAUUGCACCAUUGCUACUGGAGAUGAUUGUAUCUCAAUUGUAACUGGAUCUCAGGAUGUGCAUGCCAAUAACAUAAUUUGUGGCCCAGGUCAUGGAAUCAGCAUUGGAAGUCUGGGAGCAAAGGGCUCCACUGCCCAAGUCUCAGGUGUGACUGUAAACACUGCACAAUUUAGUGGUACUUCAAAUGGAGUUCGUAUUAAGACAUGGCAGGGUGGAAAAGGCUAUGCUAAGAACAUUGUAUUCAAAAACAUUGAAAUGAGCAAUGUCAAAAAUCCAAUCAUCAUAGACCAAAACUAUUGCGACUCCAAAAGGCCGUGUGGUCAACAGAAAUCUGCUGUGCAAGUGAGCAAUGUACAGUACAGUAACAUCAAAGGAACAAGCGCUUCGAAGUUUGCAAUGAAUUUCAACUGCAGCAAAAGCUUUCCAUGCAGUGGGAUAGUAUUAGAGGACAUCGACUUGGUUAAAAAUGGUGGUGGCUCAGCUAAGAGCUUCUGUGCAAAUGUCAAGUGGUCCAAGGAAGGGACAGUCAUCCCACCACCCUGUGCUUUACAGCUUGAAGAUGCAUGA